UAAGAAUCCUAACCUACAAAACCGCAUUUAUUUUUCUACAAUUAAAUUUAUGUGUAUUCUAUAAAAAUGGUUGAAUUACAGAGACAACGUGUUGAACAAGAAAUGACCAAACUAGUCACAGAUAUUGACUUGCAAUAUUUAAGAAAAAUGCAGGUAACAAUGCAUAAAUGUGCAGCAAAAUGUUGUGAAAAUAGAGACUUAUCCAUGGAAAGAGUACAACAGUGUGUGGAGAAAUGUUCGGCACCUCUCAAUUUUGCCCAAUCGUAUGUUCAAAAAGAAUUUGAACAGUUGCAAAAUAAACUUCAGAGAUGUGUUAUGGACUGUAAUGACGAUAUUAGAGUGAAAAUGGGCCCCAACCCAACAGAAUCAGAGAUUGAAAAGUUCACUACCCAAUUUGAAAAAUGUGCCACAAAAUGUGUUGAUAAACAGUUGACAUAUAUGCCUUCCUUGUAUAAAAGAAUGAAAGCAGAGUUGGAAAAAAAUCAAGAAUAAUGCUCAAUUUAACUAAUUGUAACUAAUUUUUUUUACAUGUGUAGUCAAGGGUCAGUUAUUGUUCAUGAUGUUUUUGUGUAUAUGAAUGAAAGCUGGAGUUAUAGAGAGGAAUAUAAACUG